UCAAAAAUGAAGAUACUAUUUUCUGUGAGUGUUUUAUUGUGCGCAGCAGCGAAAGUCCUUUCUUUUCAGAGUUCCUAUAUACGGGACUGUCUGGAUGCCCACAACGCAGUUCGGGCUCGGCACGGAGUGCCAGCCCUAAAUUGGUCAGUAGAUAUCGCCGUUAGUGCACAAAAAUGGGCCAAUCAUCUUGCAGCAAUAGAUCAACUUCAGCACGACUCCUCAACACCCUUUGGGGAGAACCUGUUUUACAUGUACGGAGGUGAUCCAGAGCAAGCUUGCGGUCGUGCAGUGAAUAACUGGUACCAAGAGGGUAAAAAUUAUGACUUCAGGUCUCCACAUCUGGAUGAGAGUACCAGUCACUUCAGCCAGUUAGUUUGGCGGGGAUCUAAAGAUGUUGGAAUAGGCACGGCACAGAGUAAAUCCGGGAACUUCUUUCUGGUGGCUCGUUACAGUCCCCGUGGAAAUGUAGACGGUAAGUUUGACGACAACGUUCUGGAUGUAAUGGGACAGCCUCCAACCGAAAGUAGUCAGGAGACGAAAGAUGAUAAAGCGUCUGACAACAUUCCAGCUCAAGGUGAAUCUUCAAAUCUUCAAUCCAGGAAGGACCAAAACCUAGUUUAUUUUAAAGAGAUAAACCUUGAUCCAAGUCUGGCAGAUCUGGAUAACACGACUGCACCGAAUCCCACUCCAUUGCAACAGACUGGUGUAGAAUCAGGAACAAACGAGGGACCAUCUUUGGAAGGCAGUCGAGGACCUGAGGAGAAUCCACCCAAUUCUACACCGGAGAAUAACAAUUCAGUCAGAAUACAUUCCUUUAAUGGUGCUAAUUCUGGGACGAAUGAAGCACCAGAUGUCUCCCAACAGGCUUUAAACGAGCCAGAGACCAUACCAAAUAACGCAGAGGCCGGUUUGACAGGCCCAAAUGAAGAGUCAAGUCAUAAAGAAGACAGCGAUUUAAACAGAAAGCUGAGCUCUUCUGAACCAUACAGCAUGAACAAUGAAGCUUUGCCUCUAUAUGAGGGGUCUGACAUCAGUGCCAUGAACUCGGGAGCCCGUCAUUCGGGAUCCGAGAUAAAAGACACGAAAGCGAGACCUACUAAUGCUGCUUUAAAUCCAACAGAGAUGGUAACCAAACUAGGAAUCGAGGAGAAUAGCAAGGCUGAAGAGACUUCAAACUAUGAACGGCAGGAAGAAAAAGAUGCGAGAGUAGAGAACUUUGCUAAUUUACCUAUGAACGACGAGCAGCUGCCAAAGAGUGACAAACCACCUGGCCUCUCAUAUGUAGCUCCGCUGGCUGCUAAAAUACCCAAGAAGCCCGCAGAGAAAGUAAUCAAGUUGCCCCCCGCCAUAUCUCUAAUCACGCCAAAGAGAGGUAAAGAUUUCCGAGUGGAAAUUCGCUUCACCAAGAUGGUUUAUACUGAUGAGAUGCGAGUGCCGGGCAGUAAGGACUUCGAAGAAGCAAAAAGAAACAUAACUAGUGCCAUUAUUAAUCUAUUCGACGAUGAUGACGGAUUCCAAGAAGUGCAGCUGAUAUCGAUACGGAAUGGCAGUGUGAUAGCGACACUUGGGCUCCUUUUUAAGAAGGACAAACCAGGAAAUCUUAAUCGUCUCUCCCUAGCGCUGAUUUCCGGGAAGAUCGGAAGCUAUCUCGUGGCAAACAAAUAUGAGUCAGCAGUCGCUCUACCAGCAGGAUAUCUAAGACCUAAAAGACCAAUACAGAAACAAAGUGUAGGAGUAUGCGCACAACCAUGCUCCAAACCAAACAUCUGCUACUCCACAGGUUGCGGUGUAGCCUGCUGCGCCUUUCACCCCCACGAACACAAGUAUCACCCCCCUGCACGCCUCGCGCCACAAGAGCUCCCAUCGUGCCCUGGUACAUGCGACGACAGCUGUUUCCCAGAUUGUGAUGAUGACUGUUGCACUGACAUGAUGCAGGAUGUUGCUCCGGCGCCCGCUACAAUGACUGGUGCUGCUCCUAGUAUGACAUGUCCAGGAUCUUGUCAUUUCUCGUGUUAUCCUCAAUGCAGCCCACAGUGCUGUGCUACACAAUACGUGCCAAACCCAUGCCACCCCUCUUGCCCGGGCUACUGCGCGCCAAGUUGUGAUAACGCCUGUUGUGCGGCUAGGAAAUCCAUUGUUAAUAAUCUCUCCAAACAGUACAGCCGGUACAGGAGUGCCCAACGAGCUAUAGCACGUCAGAUGUACCUAAGAAAACAUCUCAAACUACCAUUCAGACGUCCAAAACCAGUCAGACUGGCUCGACCAGUGCGGCCGAGACAGAGGUCUUACUACAUGAGACGAGUUCGACCAGAGAGCCUAGGACUUGAAGAAUAUGACCGAAGUAUCAUUCAUACUGCGCAGGCAGAAACAUCUCCCAAACAUGACGCUCAGUUUCUAAGUGUUUAAUAUGAGACUAUGAAAUGCGGUUGUUUCGCUCACGAGUCGUUUCGUCAACGACCAGUUCAUUAAUGUCUUUGGUCAUUUCACUGUCUCAAGUCAGUUCGCUAGCGUCCUAUAGGUCGUUUCGCUGAUGUACUUUGGUUUACUGGACCGUAGACGGAUGAAAACUUCCAAAUUUAUCCUUUUCUUUGUACCAAAUCGACUUUCUGAGUGUAUCGAAUGGACUUAGUGGACGCAUGAAAUCGACUUUAGUUUGCCUUGAAUCUACUUGUAUCGAAUGGACUUUCAGUUCAUAAGGAAACGACUUAACUCCCCCUAAAACUUUUCAGUCAAUUAGAAGUCGAUUUAAUACGUUUGCGAAACAACCUAUGAGAUGUUAGGGUUGGCAAAACAACCUAUGACAUUGGCGAACUGGUCGUUAGCAAAACGAAUCCUAGGCGAAACCAAACGACCGGUUACCGAAAUUGCAAAUGAACACUGAAAAGAAAAACAAACAAACAAACAAACAAACGAACAAAUCAGCAAAUACAGAGUCUGGUAUUAAGUUUACUUUCUUAAUUAGGGACGAUUUCCGCGGAAUGCAUCAAACGAAAGGUAUUCUCUAUUUACAGAACUUCAAGAGGUUUGGAACAGACCAAGACAAAUUUAUUUUGAAAAGAAAUCAGAAUGAAACUUCAAUACUAAAUACAUCAAUUCCAAAUAUUUUGGAGGAUGACAUUGUCAUGAGAAAAUCAAGAUGUUACAUUGUAAUAAUAAAAUUCACAUUUAGCUACAGGUAAACUAAGUUCUUUCCAAUGUUUCAAUAAAUGCAA